AUGGGUGUUCAAGGCUGGCACCCUGGAGAGCUAGCCAUCCAGCGAAAGCUGAACUUUGACGGCCCAAUGAGCAUGGUCUGGAGGUCUAUCGAUCCUUUACUCCCAGAGCAGCACCGAGAAUUUCACACCACUCGCCUACCCUUUGUGCCGCUCACCUCGCUUGACACAGAGGGACGACCGUGGGUCUCUAUUCUUGCCGGCGGUGAUGGUCGUCCGGGAUUUAUACAGAGCCCAGCCGAAAAUAUGAUGACUAUGCGAAUUCGUACGUGGGAGGGCGACCCGUUCGAGGAAAAUGCUACAUCGUGGGUAGACGAUCCACAAGAUUCUUUCCUGGUGGCGGGCAUAGGAAUCGAGUUCUCGACUCGUCGAAGAAACAAAUUUGGAGGCAGGGCUGUCAGUCUUGAGCAUCGCGGAGAGCAUGAUCACUUCGUGGCCCUCGAAGUCAAUGAGGCGCUUGGGAACUGCCCAAAGUACAUCAACGUGAGAGAUCUUAUUCCCCAGCCAGUCACACACCCUGUGGUGAAAUAUCGUCAGCUCCACAUGGGAGAGCAGGAGCGACUGCCCGCCGACAUCGCUGCUUUUAUCACGGAAGCGGAUACCAUCUUCAUCGGCACAAGCUAUGCGGCCAAACCAGAGGACGCCCAUAAAUUUCCCUCUCACGUCGGCGCAAACCAGCGUGGCGGACGUCCUGGCUUUGUGCGCCUCCGUCCUUCCGAUGGCAAAACCCUUGUUCUUCCUGACUAUUCUGGCAAUAGAUUCAUGACCUCCUUGGGCAACAUCGAGUCCACUCCACUCGCGGCCAUCACCACCGUCUCCUUCACCACGGGCUCUGUUCUAUAUCUUACCGGUCAUGCGAAAACGAUCGUCGGUUCCGAUGCUCAGAAGCUUAUGGCCCGUCAAAAUGUCCUCACCACUAUCUCCGUGACCGGAUACACCUUCGUUACCGAUGCCUUGCCCGUUCGACAACGCCCUGGCAGCGUUCCUGAACGUAGCCCCUACAGCCCUCCUAUCAAGCUCCUGAACGAAGAGAAGAGUGCUUCAUCUCUCGAUCUCGACGAAGUCACGGUACGACUCAGGAGCAUCGAGCUACUCAGCGAUUCGCUGGCGACUUUCCAAUGGGAUAUCACUUCAUCGCAAGUAAUCGACAUCAAACCCGGUCAAGCCGCAAUCCUCGAUUUCAGCUCACUCGUCGGUAUCUCAGCUUACCAGCACAUGUCACCUUUCGCUCCUUCCUCCAUCAAUGACGAUCGCAUCCGCACCUGGACAGUGUCGAGCGCGCACGUUCAGCCUGGGGGUACAAAGACGUUUGCUUUGACGAUGCGGCAGAAGCCAGGUGGCGUUGUCACAGGUGCCCUGUUCUCCAUUGCGGCGAAACUGCGGGACGUGAGGCCGGAGCUGUUGGUUGACUCGAGAGUGUUAUCCCUCGACGUCAAGCUUGUCGGAAUUUCUGGAGACUUAGUCAUGCCGCCAAUGGAGUCAGGCAAGAGGAUGAAGAUGAUGUGGAUUGCAGGUGGCAUCGGGGUUACGCCGUUCAUGAGCAUGCUGGCAGCCCUCAGGGACACCCGCUCCGACUUCGAUGCAAUCCUCGCAUUGUCGACUCGAGAGCCGGAUGUGCUGGUGCCGUUAAUUUCGCGCCAGUUCAAGAAGGAGAAUGCGCCGAAUCAGAGACUACGAGUUGACGUCUUCACUGAAACUCCAUCGAAUGCAGAUUGGGCUCUUCCUGACGGCGUGGAAAUCGUCAUGCACCAUGGAAGGCCCUCGCUUUCUUAUUGGAAGGGGAUAGGUGACUUGAUCAGCCGGAAAGCGUACUUGUGUGGCCCAAAAUUAUUCGAGGAAGGGUCCAUAGAUGCGCUAAGGUCAUGUGGUGUCAACCCGGCCGAUAUCGUAAGAGAGGGUUUCGAGUACUGA